AUGACGGCCUCCUCCUCAGAAACGGCCCCACUGCACCCCAGAGCCUCCCUCACCAGCUGCUUCCCCCACACCCUCAGCCUCGGACCCUCAGCCCUGGAUCCCCAAAGCAGGCGGCAGAGCAAGCAGAGCAAGGCGGGUGGAAAGGACAGGCAAAACAAGGCGGGUGGAAAGGACAGGCAAAACAAGGCGGGUGGAAAGGACAGGCAAAACAAGGCGGGUGGAAAGGACAGGCAAAACAAGGCGGGCGGAAAGGACAGGCAGAGCAAGGCGGGUGGAAAGGACAGGCAGAGCAAGGCGGGUGGAAAGGACAGGCAGAGCAAGGCGUGUAGAAAGGACAGGCAGAGCAAGGCGUGUAGAAAGGACAGGCAGAGCAAGGCGGGUGGAAAGGACAGGCAGAGCAAGAGCAAGGCGGGUGGAAAGGACAGGCAGAGCAAGGCGGGUGGAAAGGACAGGCAGAGCAAGGCGGGUGGAAAGGACAGGCAGAGCAAGGCGGGUGGAAAGGACAGGCAGAGCAAGGCGGGUGGAAAGGACAGGCAGAGCAAGGCGGGUGGAAAGGACAGGCAGAGCAAGGCGGGUGGAAAGGACAGGCAGAGCAAGGCGGGUGGAAAGGACAGGCAGAACAAGGCGGGUGGAAAGGACAGGCAGAGCAAGGCGGGUGGAAAGGACAGGCAGAACAAGGCGGGUGGAAAGGACAGGCAGAGCAAGGCGGGUGGAAAGGACAGGCAGAGCAAGGCGGGUGGAAAGGACAGGCAGAGCAAGGCGGGUGGAAAGGACAGGCAGAGCAAGGCGGGUGGAAAGGACAGGCAGAGCAAGGCGGGUGGAAAGGACAGGCAGAGCAAGGCGGGUGGAAAGGACAGGCAGAGCAAGGCGGGUGGAAAGGACAGGCAGAGCAAGGCGGUUGGAAAGGACAGGCAGAGCAAGGCGGGUGGAAAGGACAGGCAGAGCAAGGCGGGUGGAAAGGACAGGCAGAGCAAGGCGGGUGGAAAGGACAGGCAGAGCAAGGCGGGUGGAAAGGACAGGCAGAGCAAGGCGGGUGGAAAGGACAGGCAGAGCAAGGCGGUUGGAAAGGACAGGCAGAUCAAGGUCAAUUCUGACCUUGACAGAUCAAGGUCAAUUCUACAGUGACUGAAUGCUAGCAGGAUAGUCCAUAUCUCCAAUCAUCUUUGUUGAUAGCGAUGUUGUGUUUCCAUAAGUGGAUGAAUUGGUUUAAUUUAGUAUUGUAAAGCCUCAACCCUUAGCUACCUCUUCCAAUUCAAAUUAGUUUGAACAUUUUUUAAGUAUGGUUUUGUGUGACUACAGCGCCAGCGAUACAAAAAUAGAGACAAGUUCUCAUUAAGCGAGGCAUUAAAGCGGGCAACCCACACACCCGCCCGGCUUCAAUUGGGUCAUUAUAAUUCUAAACAAUGCAUUCUAAAAUAAAUCACACACGCCUCGCACACUCACCUUUGAUGAGUUUAGGCCAUUAGUCUCUGUAGGACAACAGAAUCAUAUUUCAGGUAAAAUACAAGUAUAACAUUGUGGUGUUUCCCAAAGCAUUUCUCAGACCCCCUCCUAGCCCCAGUGUCCCUUCACAUCACUUUACCUGUAGAAGGCCUUUCAAACUGAUCUUCAGUAGCAGGCCCUGUCCUCCCAACACACAGGAGAGACCCAACAUCACAGAACCUGCUGUCUCCAAAUGUUGGUCUUCAGUCUCAUUAAUCAAUCGAACCGGCCUCCUCCAUACAAUCUCACUCACUCCAGCAUUCUCCAAAGUCUGGAGGUCAGCCACACGGGUCCGCAGGAAUUCAAAGCUAGGCACAGCAUCAUUUUGGGUUGUCUGAGUCAAGGUCUGUCCGGUCUUGGUGGUGGUCGUGUUUUCUUCAGUUGUCAAGUGUCGUUUGUACAGGAUAUUUAGAAUGGUGUAAGUGUCGGUCUGGAGUUUAGGGUUCGCGGCCCACUCCUUAGAGAUCAUGGGGGGUAACAGGGUGUCUUGAAGCACCUCACCUUCUGGGAGUCUGUCAGGGAGUCCAGCGUGUAACGCCACCUUGUAAAGAGUCACCGACAAAACAACAGUACUAUACUUCAAAGCCAUCACAAGUGCAAGGAGUAAACUCAGCAAAAAUGUAAAAAUCAACCACUCUCUAGAAGGAAAGAUGAGUUAUGAGGUUCAGAAUUGGAAUUACGUUGUCAUGGUAGUGCCAUACAAUGGAUUAUGAUGUCACAGAAGACUGCCAACAAGUUCUGCCCCGUAUAAUCAAUAGAAUAUAAUUAAUUUAAAUUAUAUACAACCCUCCUUUAUGAAAUCACUACUAAUAUGGUCAAGUUGAUGAUUGGUUUAGAUGUCUAUGUGGGAUAAUUUCUCCAUUCACAGUACACAAGUAUCAUCAAUAUAGUGAGUUCAGCUGAAAGCAUGACAGGACAUAUCUAUUAGCUGCCAACUGAUGUGCAAAGAUUUUUAUAGAAUUUAAACUUAAACACAAAGAUAUUAGAAAGGUGGAAAAAAUCUAUUUUUGGCACAGAGGUUGAGGUCAUCAAUGUAAAACAGUCAUGACUAAAAUUGACUAGUCUGUCUGGCUAAAGAGAGAGAUGCAGGACUCCUUUCAACCUUUCUACUUCCAUGUUUGAUUCAACUACACAUCUGUGAUAUGUUAUUACUUGUGAAUUGUUUAAAGAUUUUUUGUUACCUGGGUGAUUCUACAGAAGUGGUGUAAAUUCUGUCCCACCCCCAAAAAACAAUAUAAAAAACAGUUGUCUCCAAACUUAGGACAUUCAUUGACAUCAUGAUAUGUUCUAAUUCAAUCCAAUGCAAUAGCAAACAUAAUGUUAAAUUAAUAUAUACUGAACAAAAAUAUAAACGCAACAUGCAACAAUUUCAUUGAUUUCACUGAG